AUGGAUAUAAAAAAUAAUGGUACAUCAACAAAUACAUGGGAAUUACCUAAAGAAUUUGAAAAUUUUACAGCAAUAGCAAAAAAAUUUAGAAUGUAUAAAGAGAGACAUUUUUUUUAUAUUAAUAUAUUGUUUUGUUUUACAUAUUUAUAUAAACAAACAUUUGCCAUACCAGGUUCAUUUUUUUUGAAUGUUAUUGCUGGUGUAUUAUUUGGAUUAUGGGAUGGAUUUAUAUUAGUAUGUAUUCUUACAACAUUAGGAUCUACAUUAUGUUAUUUAUUUAGUGAUUUAUGUGGUAAACAAUAUGUAUAUUAUCUUUUUGGAAAACCAAUAAAUUACCUCCAACAACAGGUUGAACAUAAUUCACAUCGAAUUUUGCCAUUUUUAUUAUUUGCUAGAAUGUUUCCUAUUUCACCUAGUUGGCUUCUUAAUAUAGCAGCACCAUUCCUUAAUAUUCCUCUCCCAAUUUUUUCAUUCUCUGCAUUUGUUGGUUUGGCACCAUAUAAUUUUGUUUGUGUUCAAGCUGGUUAUAUUAUUAAAGAUUUACAUUCAUGGAAUGAUGUUUUGUCGACAACGACAAUGAUGAAAUUAUGUAGUUUUGCAUUACUUCCAUUGGCUUAUGCAAUGUUUACAGGUAGAAAAAAAAGACAACGUGUUCAUACAGUUAUUCCACAAGAAAAAUUAUUCUUAAAAACUGUAAAUAUUGUUUAA